UUAAAAAGACUUCUAUCAAACGUAGAACCUUUCUUUAGACAGAAUACUCUUCAAUCUCGAAAAUGUAUAGAUUUUCUCUUAUUCCAAGAGAUUUUACGUAUGAUGUGGAACGAGAAGAGCAUCGAAGUUUAGAAGGUUUGCAAAAAAUUAGGGAAAUUCGUGAUCAACAACGGAGAUUUAGAAUAGAAGUAUCUGAUUCAAUUUGGGAAAAGAGAAAGUCCUUGCUCUUAGAAAUAAGAGAAUCAAAAAGACGUGAGUUGGGUUUAGAACGUAGAACUUUUCAAGACACUGCGUUAAUAGAUGCGUAAGCAAUUAUUUAGUUUCGGCUUAUAUCGGUGAAGCCUUGACUGUUUGAAUACACAUGGUAAUACCGAGGGAAGAAUAUGCAAAAUUUACUUUCUGCAAAUGUGUAGAUUAGUUGAUCAAAUUGGAGAAUUAAAUGAUUCAAAAAAACAUAUUCUCUGAUACAGUUGCAUCUGAGUUUAGAACACUAUUCCCCGUAGAGACUUCCGAUCUAGCAAAACCGAAGCCCAGCUUGUAAGAGUAUCCAAGAUGCAAUACAAGGUUAGGAAGGGCAGCAGUUUUGCAAAGAUCGGGGAUACUGUUUCUGAUUAGAAACCGUAUAACACGCCGACUCUUUGUAGACAGGAGAUGUAUGCAAAGAUGAAGAUAUAGUCCGUUACUUAUGGAAACAUAAGAGUAAAACGCGUGAGACAGUUCGGUUCCUAUCUACCGUUGGUAGGUUUAUGAGAAUUGAGAGAUUUAGGCCCUAGUACGAGAGGACCGGGUUGAAUCAACCUCUGGUGUAUCAGUUGUGACGCCAGUCGCAGCGCUGAGUAGCUACGUUGGUCAGAGAGAACUGCUGAAAGCAUCUAAGCGGGAAACUCUACUCAAGACAAAUUCUCUUUAUGGGUGAAAGACCAUCACUUUGAUAGGCGGGGAGUAGUUGCUUUGUGAGAGGUUAAGCUUACCCGUACUAAAAUUUCUUUAUUUGAUUUCUUUGUCUUAUGGCUUCGCGCCAUUCUUCAAUCUGAGUUUUUAGCGCAAGAAAGUCAAAAGCGCUUCGCAUCUGAACUUAGACCUGAUGAGCACAUUUUUUUAUGCACCGCAUGCAUGAACAUAUGCAUGCAUGCUCCAAUGCUUCAUAUUCUUUCGUUUGCUUGCAUUAAGUACGGAGCUAAAUGUUUUUUUCCACGGGCAGUUUUUAUGCCCGUUUCCUUUGCAAAAUCUUUUAAAACUUGUAGAUUUUAAAAAUCUUACUUUAUUGUAGAACAAGCAUGCGAAGAAAAAGCAAGCGAUGGCGCGCGUUAUGUACGUUGCUUACGCUUGCACGGGUUGCGCAACCCCGCUUUGCUUGCUCAUUCUGACGAACCUGACGGAAACCAUCUUCGAAAACAAGCUUGCAAAGCAAGCUUUGCAACUCUUAACUUCAGUUGCUUGCUUUAGUUUGCGGAUUUUAUAUCCCAAGCAAAAGUUGCUUGGGACGGACUACAUAAAAGAAAAUUUAAAAAAAAGA